AUGGCGUCAUCUCCAUUCAUAAUCACAGAGCAUAUCGUCGAUUGCCAGUAUAUCCGAGAGUAUCCUCGAGCAACGCGAUUAACAGAAGAUUCUUUAAAGCUGGUCGUUAAAAGGUAUACGCCAAAAUCGAAUCCAAAUCCUCGGCCCGGAGAUAUCACCAUCAUUGCUGGCGCCGGCGGCGGAUACCCCAAGGAACUUUACGAGCCAAUAUGGGAAGAAAUUUACGAAAGAUUGAAGCGCAAUGGUCUUCGCAUUCGCUCUAUUUGGAUUGCGAACCCUGCCAAUCAGGGUGCAAGUGCAGAACUCAACGAAGAAUCACUCGGAAAUGACCCAUCAUGGUUCGAUCACAGUCGAGAUCUGCUUUACAUGAUUAACCAGUUCAAGGCCGAUAUGCCAAGGCCACUCAUGGGGCUCGCGCACAGCCUCGGGGCUGGACAACUAAUGCACCUGUCUCUAAUUCACCCCCGGCUUUUCAAUUCUCUCGUACUCGUGGAACCAGUGUUUACGAAAGAUUUUAUCUCGGGGAAAGGGCCAAGCUUCCUGAAAUUUGCGAUUAGCAGAAAGGAUGUCUGGCAAUCCCAGGCAGAAGCAGCCGUCUACUUUAAGAAGUUCUACAAGCAAUGGGACCCACGAACCUUGAGCCUCUGGCUACAGUAUGGCCUCAAGAAGGUACGCUCGGAAACCGAUGCAGCUGAAACCGAUGAUCCAGUGUCCGCAGUCACACUGGUCACUUCAAAGUACCAAGAAGCGGCACAAUAUGGGCGCCCCAACUUCCUUAACAAGCAAUUGCUGGACCUUGAGAACAACCCUGAACCAGAUACUCCCCACGAUGCCACUUUUCACCCAGAUGUUGUGGGUCCACCCGAAGAAGUGUUUCCGUUCUAUCGCGCGGAAGGGAACAUCUUGUGGAGGGCAGUAAAACACAUUCGGCCAUCGGUCUUAUAUAUCUAUGGAGAAGAAAGUCCCGUUUCGACAGCAGCCCAGCGCGCAUAUAAGCUGCAAAAUACUGGGGCGGGGAUUGGAGGCAGCGGGGGAUACAAGAACGGUCGAGUCAAGGAGGUUGUAUGCCCUCAUGCUAGUCACGAACUUCCGUUCGAGGAUGUCACGGGUGUCGCUGAAGCGACCGCAGAGUGGCUGAAGCAAGAGACAGCGAAAUGGAAAGAGGAGGAAGAACGGAUCCAAAAGGGAUGGCUGGAGCUCACGACCAAAGAGAGAACCACUUUCCCUGAGGAGUGGUAUACGCAUCUAAACAGCUACUUCGAGAAGGGGAAGAAAAACCAGAGAGCAAAGCUAUGA